UGAGAGGGAGAGUCUCGGAGAGAGGGCGGGUCCGCGCGUCCUCAGAGCCCGCUGGAGCCGCCAAGCUGCAGCCGGCAGUCUUCUCCCAAACAGGGCUUCCAAAGAGCGUACUCUGGGAAGCCUGGGACUCACGCCUGGGUCUGCAUACAGGGGGAACUCUUUUCCUUAGCCUUUAGGAAUAGCACUUGGGGCUAGCGGCAUGAACCCAGGAAGGCGCUGGGGCAGCCCCUGCCUCUUCCCCUUGCAGCUCUUCGGCCUCUGCUGGGUGCUCUCAGUGGCCCAGAGCAAGACAGUUAGAUACAGCACCUUCGAGGAGGAUGCCCCUGGCACGGUCAUCGGGACUCUGGCUGAGGACCUGCAUAUGAAAGUGUCCGGAGACACAAGCUUCCGCCUGAUGAAGCAAUUCAACAGCUCUCUGCUCCGGGUGCGCGAGGGUGACGGGCAGCUGACCGUCGGGGACGCGGGCCUGGACCGCGAACGGCUGUGCGGCCAGGCCCCACAGUGCGUGCUGGCCUUCGACGUGGUCAGCUUUUCGCAGGAGCAGUUCCGGCUAGUGCACGUGGAGGUGGAGGUGAGGGACGUCAACGACCACGCGCCACGUUUUCCCCGAGCCCAGAUUCCCGUGGAGGUGUCCGAGGGUGCGGCCGUGGGCACUCGGAUCCCGCUGGAGGUGCCCGUGGAUGAGGACGUGGGCGCCAACGGGUUGCAGAGCGUGCGCCUGGCGGAGCCGCACAGUCCCUUUCGCGUGGAGUUGCAGACGCGUGCGGACGGCGCCCAGUGCGCUGACCUGGUGCUGCUGCAGGAGCUGGACCGCGAGAGCCAGGCCACCUACAGCCUGGAGCUGGUGGCCCAGGACGGCGGUCGUCCGCCGCGCUCCGCCACGGCCGCUCUCAGCGUGCGCGUGCUGGACGCCAACGACCACAGCCCGGCCUUCCCACAAGGCGCCGUGGCCGAGGUGGAACUGGCGGAGGACGCGCCCGUGGGCUCGCUGCUCCUCGACCUGGACGCGGCUGACCCGGACGAGGGCCCUAACGGCGAUGUAGUGUUCGCCUUCGGCGCCCGCACUCCACCAGAGGCGCGCCGGCUCUUUCGGCUCGACCCGCGCUCAGGCCGCCUCACCCUAGCCGGUCCGGUGGACUACGCGCGCCAGGACACCUACGAGCUCGUGCUCACCUUCCCUGGCAGCGGCAAAGCGCCCUUUGGCAGCCCCGCGGCCGACGCGCCCCCGCCCGCGGUCGCCGCGGCCGAAGUGCCCGGCUCGGAGGGCGGCAGUGCCACUGGGGAAAGCGCCUGUCACUUCGAGGGGCAGCAGCGGCUCCCCGGGGCACCAGCCCAGGGGAGGCCCUACGGUGCCUCCCCCGGCUUCGGGAAAGAGCCGGCGCCCCCGGUGGCGGUCUGGAAAGGACACUCGUUCAACACCAUCUCCGGCCGAGAAGCAGAGAAAUUCAGCGGCAAAGACAGCGGCAAAGGGGACAGUGAUUUCAACGACAGCGAUUCCGACAUCAGCGGGGACGCUCUGAAAAAGGAUCUCAUCAACCACAUGCAGAGCGGGCUCUGGGCAUGCACCGCGGAGUGUAAGAUCCUAGGCCAUUCUGACCGCUGCUGGAGCCCGUCCUGCGGUGGACCCAAUGCACAUCCCUCUCCUCAUCCACCAGCCCAGAUGUCAACCUUCUGUAAGAGCACGUCCCUGCCUCGGGAUCCUCUGCGCAGGGACAAUUACUACCAGGCUCAGCUGCCCAAGACAGUGGGACUACAGAGCGUCUAUGAGAAAGUACUGCACAGAGACUAUGACAGGACAGUCACUCUACUCUCCCCUCCCCGUCCAGCGAGGCUGCCAGACCUACAGGAGAUUGGGGUACCCCUCUAUCAGUCUCCCCCUGGCAGGUACUUGUCCCCGAAGAAGGGAGCCAAUGAAAAUGUGUAACCCCAAGCUGCAUGUCUUCACACAUAUAAAGGUCACUCUGAGAAACCCCUAAGUUAUUGACCGGUUUCAGUGUUGUAUAUAUAAAUAUGCAAGAUGUGCCUUAAAAUGAAGUUGUUGGAAGCUAUUUCCAAUCACAUUGGUACUGUUUGGUAUUUGCAAACAAAAAUGUAGUUAAUGUAAUUUUUAUGAAAUGUGUGCAGUAUUUAAUUUUUUAUCAUGCUAUUGACUUUAAUUUCACUUGCCGCUUGCCAUUUUCUUAGUGUUUUUAACCUGUACAUUGUGUAAUGUAAUGUUUGUAUAUAAUGAAAUUUUGUUAUAUUUUUAUAUAAUAAAAGCUAAAGUGGAAGUUAUUGCCAAAGGAACUGUCUGUAAGACAAAAAAACAAUAACAUGUUGGAAUUACGUAACAGAAAUUUAUCUUUCACCGGAAACAACCUAGUGUUUGAGAAGUUUUGCCUUGCCAAGUAUAACUUGUAUAUCUUGAGUCUGUGGUAGAUUUCAAGUUCAAUGUUAUUUAAUUAUAUUUGGUUUUCUGUAAACCGUGUCACUUAUAAGCACAGUAAUAAAGGAUUUGUCAUGUGUUUGAAG